AUGACGACCACUUCUCUGCGUUCCCCGGCUCAUCCUCGGGCUCCUCUCUCUUGCUUCCAGCAGCAGCAGCCGCUGCAGCAGCUGCAGCAGCAGCAGCAGCAGCAGCAGCAGCAGCUAUCUCUCUCCUCACUAAAGCUGCAGACAGGGGCCCCGGGGGCCCCCCCAAGAGCAGACAGAUUUGAUAAGCAGCUGCAUGUAUCUUCUUUGGGGGCCCCCGGGGGCCCCCUUGGGGGCCCCCUUGGGGGGCCCCCUGGGGGCCCCCUUGGGGGGGCCCCUGAGGGGCCCCUAGGGUCUCUGUAUGGGGGCCUCAGCGGCAUAGGCGCAGCAGCAACAGCAGCAGGAGCAGGAGAUAUCCCUGCUGCAGCAGCAACGCAUGCAAACAACAGCAGCAGCAGCAGCAGCAGCAGCAGCAGCAGGUUUGCUUCUUUUACUACUGUAGGGGGGGCCUCCUCGCACAACAGCUCUGAGGUGUAUGCAUCUCCUUUAGUGGGCACAGCAGCAACAACAGCAGCAGCAGCAACAGCAGCAGCAGCAACAGCAGCAGCAGCAGCAGCAGCAACAAAUGCUGCAACACGACAACCAUGGUCACAUACAAGCGCCAUCCUCAGCAGCACGCAGCAGCAGCUGCAGCAGCUUGAGCAGCAGCAGCAGCAGCUGGAGCAGCAGCAGCAGCAGCUGCUGGCAGACUUUGACGAUUCUUUCUCUACCCACUCACAGCAGCAGCAGCAGCAACAGCAGCAGCAGCAGCAGCUGGGUUCCCUAUCAGCAGCAGCAGCAGCAGCAGCAGCAGCAGCAGCAGCAGACAUCACCGACCUACAAGCAGCAGCAACUGCAGCAGCAGCAGCAGCAGCAGCAGCAACUGCAGCAGCAGCAGCAGCAGUAUUUGAAUACAUUAGGAGCUUCUUCUGCUUCUUCUGGGCUCCGCCGCAUGCAUGCAGAAGACCCUCCGCAGCUGAGGGGGCCCCUGGGGCCCCUGGGGGCCCCGGGGGGCCCCCUUCUUGA